CCCCGGCCCGCCGGGCGGCGUCACCCGGCUCCGCGUGGAGGAGACGCUGGCGCUCAGGUCCCAGGUGUGGCAAGUGCGCGCCGAGGACCCGGACGCGGGCGCCAACGCCGAGCUGCGCUACUUCGCCCGGCCGGGCAGCGCGCACUUCUUCGUGGUGCCGCGCAGCGGCCGCGUGCUGCUGGUGCAGUCCCUGCUCCACGUGCGGGCGCCCAUCCCGCUGCGCCUCUUCGCCCGGGACCGCGGGCAGCCGCCCCUGCUCAGCGCCCCCCUGGACAUCGAGGUGCUGCCGCAGGUCAAGCUGCUGCCGCCGCCGCCGCCGCCCCAGCGCAGCCGCCGGACCCCGCUCCAGCCCGACUCCCCGCUGGCGCUCUCCUUGCCCGCGGAUGCCCGGCCCGGGACUCUGCUGACCACGCUGGCCCCGGCCAGGUUCGCCUCAGCCUGGUUCGAGCUGGUAUCUCCGCCCGCAGAGGAGUCCCCGCUGCGGGUGGACAGGGAGAGCGGGGAGGUGACUCUCGCCAGGACCCUGGACAGGGAAGCGUCCGCCAUCUGGGAGUUCACAUUCCGCGUCCAGGAGAGGCAAGGAAAGGAAUGGUACUUGCUGCGUUUAGAACUUACUGUGACAGAUGUGAAUGACAAUGCACCUGAAUGGGUCAUGGAUCCUUUCCCAUUCUUGGCCGUGGUAUCUCCUAAAGCUGCAGCAGGUACCAAAGUGUAUAAGCUUCUUGCUGUGGAUGAUGAUGAAGGGGUCCACGGAGCUGUAGAAUAUUUUCUCUUGGAAGGUGGAGAAGACAGAUUUGAGGUCGAGAAGGACAGUGGUUGGAUUAAAACAACAGGUUUGCCACUUGUGAAGGACAGGGAAUACCUAAUAACUGUGUUAGCAGCGGAUAAACUUGGUAAUAAAGGGUCUCCUGCUUCUGUUUCUGUGAUUGCGGGGCUUCGACCACCACAAUUUACCAACAUAUCAUAUAUUGUUUAUGUUCCUGAAAACACGCUCCAGGGAAAAUCAUUUCUUACAGUCUCUGCUUUGUCAUAUCAAAACAAAUCGCUGAGCUACAAUUUGCUAACUAAUCCUAGUGGCCUGUUCAGCAUCCAUCAGGUGACAGGAGAGAUCAGCUUGACUCGGAGUGUGGAUUAUGAGAGUGACCAACACCAAUAUUUGCUUCUGGUCAGAGCAACAGAAGGCCAAGAGCAGUUUAGCAGUGUAGCUGAGGUUUUGGUUGUAAUCACCGAUGAGAAUGAUUGUGCCCCAGAAUUCCAGCAGUCAAUCUACAGCAAAGAUAAUGUUCCUGAAACAGUUCCCAUGACAACUGUACUUCUGCAAGUGACAGCCAGCGACUGUGAUUCAGAAGAAAACGCUGAAAUAAUAUAUUACACUUUGAGUCCAGAUUUUAGCAUUUCUUCACAUGGUACUAUCUUUCCAGCAACACAGUUGGACUAUGAGCGUCCCAACCAUCUUUAUGAAUUUAUAAUUAUGGCUGUAGAUAAAGGAGAAGAGCCAAAGACUGGGACAGCAACUGUUAGAAUCCGUGUUUCAAACAUGAAUGAUGAAGCACCCAAGUUUUCUCAGACAAUCUACAGGAGUUUUGUUUCUGAAGAUGCAGGCCCAAAUACGUUGAUUGCUACAGUCAAUGCGAUAGACCCUGAUGGUGAUGGCCUGACUUAUGACAUUGUAGCAGGGAAUCAAAAGGGAAACUUUGUUGUUGACCCUCAGAAAGGAUUAAUUCGACUUCGCUCGAGCCCACUUCCUAAGCUUCAGGGGACAGAGUACAUACUUAAUGUCACAGCUACUGAUGAUAAUGCCUCUGGUGGGCCUCACUCUCUCACUAGUACAGCACUGGUCAUCGUGGGAAUUGAUGAUGUCAACAAUAACAAACCUAUAUUUCAGAAGUGUCAAUAUUAUCGGGAACAUGCUUCUGUGUUGGAGAACCAGCCUUCAGGAACAUUUGUACUGCAGGUUGAGGCAACUGAUGCUGAUGAAGGAGCCAAUGGGAGAGUGAAAUAUGGCAUGAUGCAUAGAGAUGGUGCCUUACCAGCAUUUAGUAUUCAUCCUGAUACAGGAGUCUUGACAACUCUUCAGAGAUUUGAUCGAGAAAACCAAAGGGAAUAUCCUAUUACUGUGACUGCAACAGACCAGGCUGCAGAACCUCUCAUUGGAAUCUGUCAGAUAAAUGUUGUCAUCCUGGAUCAAAAUGACAAUGAUCCUAGAUUUGAAAACACCCACUAUGAAUAUUUCCUGAGAGAAGACACAAAAGUUGGGACUAGUUUUCUUCGUGUUGCAGCCCAUGAUGAUGAUUAUGGUUCAAAUGCUGCCAUAACGUUCUCCAUAGCAAAUGAAGAACCAGCAUAUUUCCAAGUGAAUCCUAGUACAGGCUGGGUGUAUGUCAACCAACCCAUACCUCAGAGGUCAUUUACAACUCAAGAGAUUAUUGCUACAGAUGGAGGAAACAGGAGCAGUAAGGUUGAGCUGGCUGUAACAAUUACUAGUGCAAAAAAUCAGCCCCCACAGUGGGAAAGAGACAGUUAUGAAGUUGUCAUUCCAGAGAAUACCACACGAGAUACUCACAUUGUGACACUUAAAGCAACUUCUCCCAUGGGUGACCCUCGUGUGACCUAUAAUCUAGAAGAUGGACUUGUUCCAGAGACCAACAUGCCAAUUCGUUUCUAUCUGACUCCAAACAGAGAGGAUGGUUCUGCUUCAAUCCUAGUAGCUGAGCCAUUAGAUUAUGAAACAACAAAAAGCUUUGUGCUGAAGGUUCGGGCCCAGAAUGUUGCUGCAGUGCCUCUGGCAGCAUUCACUACUGUACAUGUCAAUAUAACAGAUGUCAAUGACAAUGUCCCUUUCUUUACUUCGUCAAUAUAUGAAGCCUCAGUAACAGAGGGAGCUGAUAUUGGGACAUUUGUUCUUCAAGUCUCUGCCACUGAUCUAGACCUGGGUCAGAAUGGUGAGAUUACUUACUUUCUGUUACAUGACCGUAGUGGGGACUAUACAUGUUUUCGCUUAGACUCACAGACAGGCUCCAUAUACAGUACCUCAGUAUUUGACAGAGAGAAGAAGGGUUCAUAUCUCUUGGAAGUAAAGUCGAUAGAUGGCUUUGAAUCUGCUCGACCUGGAAAACGUGGGCGGCCAAACUCUGACACAGCCUAUGUGCGCAUUUUUAUCAGCGACGUGAAUGAUAACAAACCUGUCUUCACUCAGAGUAUCUAUGAAGUUAAUGUGGAUGAAGACCAGGAUGUAGGUUCUACUGUCAUUACAGUCAGUGCUAAUGAUGAAGAUGAAGGAGCAAAUGCUAAAUUAAGGUACCAGAUCACAGCUGGAAACACUGGUGGAGUACUUGACAUUGAACCUCAAACAGGAGCCAUCUUUAUUGUUCAGCCAUUGGAUUAUGAAGAAGCGAAAAUGUAUGAACUUCACUUGUUGACCUCUGAUGGUAAAUGGGAAGAUUAUGCAAUUAUCAUAAUCAAUGUUGUGAAUAAAAAUGAUGAGGCUCCAGUUUUCUCUAUCAGUGAAUAUUAUGGAAGUGUGAUUGAAGAACUGGAUGGAUUGCCCAUCUUUAUACUUCAGGUUGUAGCAAAUGAUCCUGAUAGCAGCAUGGAUGAAAGCAAUUUGAGAUAUUCUCUGCAUGGACACGGUGCAACUGAUGUCUUCACAAUAGAUGAGAACACAGGCAGCAUUUACUCACAGAAGAUGCUUGAUCGGGAAGAGCGAGCACUUUGGAGAUUUGUUGUGUUGGCUACUGAUGAGGGAGGAGAAGGGCUUACUGGAUUUGCUGAUGUAAUUAUUAAUGUGUGGGAUAUAAAUGACAAUGCCCCCAUAUUUACCUGCAUGCCUGAUGACUGCAAUGGGAGUGUCUUUGAAAAUUCUCCUGCAGACACUUUGGUUAUGGAAAUGACAGCUGUGGAUUUAGAUGAUCUGAAUGUAGGUCUUAAUGCAAUUUUGACAUAUAGGAUAAUUGACAAUGUAAAAACUGGGUUUGGUACAGACUUAUUUAAUAUCAACCCCAAUAGUGGCACAAUACAUGUAGCAGGGAGAAUGCUGGAUAGAGAGAAGACUGAUAAAUAUUUCCUUACUGUUGAGGCAAGGGAUGGGGGAGGGUUGACAGGAACUGGCACUGCCACUAUCUGGAUUGCAGAUGUCAAUGACCAUAUACCUGAAUUUACUCAAGAGGUUUGGCAGGCAGUGAUUCCUGAAAACAGUGAAGUCAACUCAGAAGUUCUGGAAAUGUCGGCUACAGAUGCAGACACUGGGGAAAAUGCUCACUUAACAUUCAGCAUUAUUGGAGGAGAUCCAGAUCAGAAGUUUUACAUUGAAAGUGACAAAGAAGGUCUACAUGCAACUAUCAGAUUGAAAAAGAAACUGGAUUAUGAGAAACCUCAUGAAAGGUGGUUUAACCUUACAAUUAAAGUGGAAGAUCUUGAUUUUUCCACUGUUGCAACCUGCUUGAUUGAAGUUGAAGAUUGUAAUGACCACAGCCCAGUUUUUGAUUCCCAGUUUAUCCAAACUAACCCUUUCUUUGAGAACAUACCUGUGGGUACUACAGUCACCGCAGUGAGAGCCACCGAUGAGGAUUCUGGUUUGAACGGGGACAUUAUCUAUUUUAUUAAAUCAGAUUCAGAUCCUAUCAGACAGUUUGCAGUUGACCCAGAUGGUCAUGUGACAGUUGCAAGAACACUGGAUCGUGAAAUCAUUCAGCAAUACAAUUUAAUCAUACAGGCUUCAGAUCAAGGGACUCCUGCCCAAACAGGGAGUGUUACAGUCCUGAUUAACUUGCUAGAUGUUAACGACAAUGAGCCAAGGUUUGAGGCAUCAUAUAUGCCCAUUGUUUGGGAAAAUGUGUUGGGACCUCAGGUGAUAUAUAUGAACCAUACAUCAAAGCUGCUGUAUGCUGUGGAUCCAGACAGUGGUGAAAAUGGGCCACCGUUUACAUUUUUGCUGCCACCUGAUUAUCAGAAUUCUUUGGAUUUUUCUCUUACUGACAACAGAAAUAACACAGCAACCAUUACAGCACUGAGGUCCUUUGACAGAGAAAAGCAGAAGGUGUUCCACCUGCCAAUAAUUAUAACAGAUAGUGGGAAUCCAUCCAUGAGUGCUACAAACACCUUGACCAUAACAAUUGGUGAUGAAAAUGAUAACAGCCAUGAAGCUGGCCAUAAGGAUAUUUUUGCCUAUACCCACAGAGGGAAAUGGUCAACAACAGUGCUUGGGGAAGUGUUUGCACCAGAUCAGGAUGACUGGGACAAUAAAACAUUUCUCUCUGAAGGAAAAAUGCUCAAGUUUUUCAGAUUAAAUGAAAGGACUGGCUCUCUGGUAAUGGUGGAUAAUGCUCCUCAGGGGACAUACAACUUAAGAGUCAGAGUUUCAGAUGGAGUCUGGCCUGAUGUAAUAUCUACAGUACAGAUCCAUGUCAAAAAGUUGGAAAAUGAAGCCAUACGCAAUUCAGCCACUGUACGUCUGGCAGAUGUCACAGCAGAGGAGUUCAUAAGGAAAGAUGAACAUGGGAAAAGCAGACAUGACAAAUUUAAGGAGUUACUGGCAGAAAUCUUCUUGGCUCAUCCUAAUGAUAUCAGUAUCUUCAGUAUGAUGAACGUUGAUGGAAGACAGACAAACUUAAGAUUUGCAGUUCGUGGUGGCUUUUCUUAUUAUAAACCAGAAAAAUUGCAUGGUGAAAUAGCAGCAUUUAAAAACAAGAUCCAAACAGCUUUAAAACUGAACAUUUCACAGAUUGAUGUAGACGAGUGUGGGAGAAUAGACUGUCAUGGUGGCAGCGGUUGUACAAACUACUUCACAGUGAGUGACAUCCCAACAGUGAUGGAUGCCGGGAAUGUGUCGUUUGUCUCUGUAACAAUCACCGUCAGCGCAGUCUGCACCUGUUCAGCUAGAGAUCGAGUUCAUCAAUCCUGUGCCUCCUAUCUCCGAAGCCCAUGUCUCAAUGGUGGGACAUGUAUUGACACUCUUAAUGGUUACAGAUGUCAUUGUUCUACUUCAUUUCAUGGCCCUGACUGCCAGCAGACUAAGCACAGUUUCCAUGGAAAUGGAUAUGCAUGGUUUCGACCCAUCAGGCCUUGUUUUGAGAGCUUACUAUCCCUAGAGUUUAUUACUGAGGUUCCAGAUGGGCUUUUACUAUACAGUGGUCCUUUAUCAGAUCCAGAGCCUGGGAGUACAGAGAACUUCAUGGCAAUAGAACUUUCCAGUGGCAUUCCUGUGUUGAAAAUUAACCAUGGUGCAGGCACUGAGACGCUGCAUUUCCCAAGUCACUUGAACUUGACUGACAAAAGAUGGCAUCGGCUUGAAGUCAGAACUAAUGGUCAGGAUGUUCGAUUCACUUUGGAUCGUUGCAGUGCAGCUGUUGUUUCAGAGAUAGAGGGACUUGGUAAAUGGUUGUCAACUGAAGACCGCACAAACUGUGAGGUCACAGGGACUAUUCCACAAAGAGGAAGGUAUUUGGAUGUGAUCCAAGUUCUUCAGCUGGGUGGUGUAAAAGAAUCAAUUCCAUAUUCAUACCCUCAGUUACAGCACAAGCAUUUUACUGGCUGCCUGCGCAAUUUCAUCUUGGAUACUCAGGUGUAUGACCUUGAAUCUCCUGCAGAGUCCCUGAAUAGCUCCCCUGGCUGUGCAUUGACAGAUGGGAGUUGUGAGACCACAGGCUCCUCUUCCUGUGGUAUUCAUGGAAGAUGUCUUGGAGAGUGGACAUCAUUCAGCUGUCACUGUUUGCCCGGUUACUAUGGCUACAGAUGUGAUAAAGUUGCCAAAGAAUAUUCUUUUGGGCCAGGGAGCCACAUUCGGUAUCUGCUUCCUGUUGCGGCACCUGCCCGCAGGAUGCUGUUAGAGGUGACAGUCAGGACACGACAGCCCAAUAGUGUCAUCAUGAGCGUGUCUUCCCGAGCCAUGGAUGAACACAUCACCCUGCAGGUUGUUCAGGGAUUCUUAACAGUCUCCUAUAACCUGGGUGAUGGAGACUAUGCCGUAAACCUUCCCUCCUACAACAUUGAUAAUGGUGAGUGGCAUCAUAUCACCCUGGAGAGAAUCGAAAACGAAUUUACCCUUCGCCUUUAUGAAGGAGGUGGGAAGAGAGAAAUCCUGAGAGCAGCAGGAGUAUGCAAAGAGAUUGUGAUUGAUCCCAGUAGGGUGGUCCUUGGAAACACUUACCCUAUCAAUCAGAACCAAAGUUUUCAAGGGUGUAUGAAAGAUGUCAGAUUUAAUAACUACAGGCUGCCCCUGGAUACUCACACUAAGGAAUCGGUGUCAGUAUUAAGUUCCCAAGGAGUGAAAGAAGGCUGCUCUUCAGAGGCUUGUAGGAACAACCCCUGUAGCCAGCCGUUUAUUUGUAUUGACUUGUGGAUGAUGCAUGAAUGCAGUUGCCCUCCGGGACACCUGAUCACAGAGAAUGCCACAGGCAGGCACUGUGUCUAUACUGAAUGUGCUAAAAGACCCUGCAACUUUGGCACGUGUAUCUCCCAGUCUCCAACCAAGUUCCGAUGUCAUUGCCCUGAUGGCUAUACUGGCCGUUACUGUGAAAUCACACUGGCAAUCUUUCACAAGGAUGCAGGCUUGAGCUUCAGUUCCAUGUUCGCCAUCUGCAUUUGCUUUUUGGCACUUUUAGUUCUGUUCAGUGGUGCUUUCCUGUGGACUCGCUGGAAGAGUCACAAAGGUUUGAAUGGAGGAGUUUACCAUGUCUCUGCCUAUCAUGAUGACUUGGAGGACAUCAGAGAAAAUAUCCUCAACUAUAAUGAAGAAGGGGGUGGGGAGCAAGAUCAAGAUGCUUACAACAUGGCAGAACUCCAGAUGUCUCUUCAGACUAGCCCAGCCUAUUCUCUUUCUCUCUACAAGAAGAAAGGGAAACCAUCAGAGUUGAACUGUCCCUUGAGUGGCAAUGUGGUACCUAGCCCAAAGGAUCAGCUAAAAGCAUCUGCAACUAGGAGCUCCUCCUUUACCAGUGAAGACUUCAGUCGUUAUCUGUCAGAUGUUGUUAGGGAUGCUGAUCAGCAGCCCCAGGCCUUGCCCCAUGAUUCCCUACAGGUAUAUUACACAGAGGGAGAGGGCUCAGUAGCCAGUAGUCUUAGUUCCCUAGAUUCCUCUGGACUGGAUGAAGAGACUGUGUAUGAUGACUUGAAAGAGUGGGGACCAAAGUUUGAGAAAUUAAGUGAACUGUAUUCACACAAAAAGACAGAGGAUUCCUAUGUAGAUUCCUAUGUUUACUAUGCUUGAAAUUCUGAAAGCAAGCAUGAAGGGCUAUUCAGUUUUUCAUGCACUUGCAUCUUCGAUAUAUUUUAUUCCACCAGAUUUUAUUCCUCUUCAAUCUGAUGGGUGGGGGAUGCAGUCCAAAUGCCCACUAAAAAGCCUUUGUUUGUAUCUAGAAGCUAACUUCCAAAAUAAACUAGGAAUUAAAACUCCAGGCCUCUUGGCCUUUUCCCUGUUUGUCCAGCACCUAAACUGAAAAAAGAAGUGAACUUGGAACACCUUUUAAAAAGUAGUAAUUGGUGUAUGAUGCUGAGAAGUAAACAUCUCCUAUACUAAUAUUAAUAAGAAAGGGCUUCCAUAUGAUGUAGUCUUUGUGUUCUAGCACGGUAACUGCUAGCAUGCAAAGAGAAGCCAGGGCUAGACAUAUUGCAUUCACAUGACACUCUGGGGGACUUUUGUCUCGAAAGUGUGUCCUUUGUUCUCCUCCUCCUGGCCUAAAAUGUAAAUUGUACCACAUACAAUCUUGUCCUCUGAAUUAACUUCACUUAAAAUGGGCACUUAAACAUAGUAGCCCACACUCCAGCGAUGUUGCCUGGGUCUAGCUGAUGACAGAAUUGGGUCUUACC